CCCUGACAUCUUUCAUUCUCUGUUUUUUAGAAUUAGAAGAAGAAGAAGAAGAAGAAGAAGAAGGAGGGAGAGAAAGAUGACGAUUGGAAUAAUGGAGGUGAAUCUUGUGGAUGCUCAUGGUCUCACCAAUUUUGAUUUCCUCAACAACAUAGAUCCAUACGUGUUGGUCCAAUACAGGAGUCAAGAGCACAAGAGCACUAUUGCCAAAGGGCAAGGCAACAACCCAAAGUGGAAUGAAAAAUUCAAUUUUAGGGUAGAAUAUCCGGGAGCAGACGAGCAGCCUACACUUGUUAUCAAGAUUAUGGAUCAUGACACCUUCUCAGCAGAUGACUACAUUGGACAAACUAAGAUAUUCUUGAAAGAAGUUCUGGAAUUAGGAGUGGAGAAUGGAACGUCUGAACUGCGUCCACAAAAGUAUAGAGUUGUGGAUAGUAGCCAGAGCUUCCGUGGAGAUAUUCGAGUUGGUAUCACCUUUACCCCAAGGGUGGAAACUGAAACCUAUGCACAAGAACUUGGAGGAUGGAAACAGAGCCAGUGGUAGUUUAUGUUCAUUUCCUUGAUCUUGCUUAAGGAAAUACAGUAGUAAAUGUAGUGUUUGUUAUGUGGAUUUUAGAGGCUUGUAAUGCAAAGUUGUGUUUGGAUCCUUAGUGGCGUGGGAAUGUUUACAAUCUUGUUUUCGUAUGCUUCAAUCUUUGAUUAAAUGGUAGCAUUUGAAUCACAUAGUCUACAAUUGUAUAA